AUGAAGAAGAAUUCUGCAUCGUUAAGAAAUUCGGGUGCAUAUACCAGCCCUGGAACGCCAGAGUAUGGUGAUAACAACGUGGGGGGAAUUCCGAAGGGUUGGAGUUCCGAGCGAGUUCCGAUUCCUACUAAUAGUAGCCGAAGGCAUAUUAAUGCUGCUGCAUUUAUGCCAUUUAAUAGUGGAAGGACCCUGCCUUCGAAAUGGGAUGACGCUGAGAGAUGGAUUACGAGCCCAGUUUCGGGAUAUGGUGCUGGUAAGACAUCGACUGUGCUACCUCAGAGGCGACCAAAGUCCAAGAGUGGUCCGCUGGGGUCUCCAGGACUUGUGUAUUUAUCCAAUUAUUCGCCCAUCACGCCUGUGCUGGAAAGUGGAAGUGUGACAAAUUUCGUGGCAAGCUCACCACUUACGACCGGGGUCUUGGUGCCCGAUGGCUUAUCAAUUCAUAAUGGUGCUGGCAUUUCUGCAAAAUCAAAGUCUCUUUAUCCUGGGAAUAGCAUGGCUCGAUCAACUAGCGUGCCUGGCUUGUCAGAUAUGCUAAGUGAAUCUUCAAUGCCAAGUUCUCAAGAUGAUAAACCUGAUAGCACCAAGAAGGAUGAAGCUGCAGUUUCGUGGGAUGUUUCACGUCGGGAUAUGGCAACUCAGAUGAGCCCGGAAGGCAGCACGCAUUCAUCUUCCAAAGGAAGGUUAUCAUUCUCCAGUCUCCCUUUCUCUGUCCCGAGUUUAGUGGAGCCACACAGCAAUCAUUGGGCCAAAGAUGAAGUCAGGGAUGUCCAAGUAGACAAAGGCGUCACUGUAGCCAGGCAGUCCAAGAAAAAAGGAUUGAGAAAGAUGAGAGGUUCGCCAAAUGCUGCAGAAAUACCUUCACGGUUUGAUGUUGCAGAGGCAUCAAAUAGCUUGGCAAAGCUGCAAAGAGAAGAAGCCAAGAUCACUGCUUGGGAAAACUUGCAGAAGGCAAAAGCUGAGGCAGCAAUGCGAAAACUCGAGGUGAAACUUGAAAAGAAGAGAUCAGCAUCCAUGGACAAAAUCUUGAACAGGCUCAAAACUGCUCAGAUAAAAGCGCAAGUGAUGAGAAACUCGUCCAAAGACCAUGCUCAGCAAGCUCCAAAAACUUCUAAACAACGGGUUUUCUUCUGUACAUAUAUCAAAAUGGGUUCUUUCAGCAAUUACUUUUGCUGCCAUAGAAACUAG